GUUCCCUGACCCGGGCAAGGCGCCGGCGCGGGGAGCGGCUGGCGGCGCCGCCGGAGGGCAGCAGCAGGACCCCGAGGCCAACGCCGAACACGAGGAGCGGCUGCAGGAGCGGGACGACCCUGCUGCGCUGGCCAGGGCGCGCCAGUGGGACGACUACAAGGACGACCACAAGCGCGGCGAAGGCAAUCGCUAUAACCGCAGCUAAGACCGCCGCGGCGUCUACCAUUUGACGGCCACGGUGCAAACCCGAACUUAUGCUCUCAGCCGGGAGGUGCCGCGGCCGACGAAGGGCGCGUCGGGAGCCGCCUCUGGAUAUAUCACGUGCAAUGGGUGCCAGCUCGCUGCUGCGCUCGCCGGCGCGGCUGUCGGUGGAGCUGUCCCUGUGUCGAGGAUUGUGCCAAACAGCGGGAUGGCGCUGCGGCGCCGCCCAGUGGUUGUGACAUCUGUUAUGACAUCGUCUGUGUGUGACUGUGGCGUCUGCGUUGGGCGGCAGCUCGAACGCAUCGCUUUUUUAUUAGAGGGCUCGUGGAGUCGAGGCCGCACCGGCUAGCGUUGGUGUGACGUCACGUACCAAUCAGCUGUGUGGCGUCACGCAGCAGUCGUCCGCGUGGUGGCGGGUCUAUCGAAGGUGUGAUGACGUCACUCGCCCACUUACCGGUGUGUGACGUCAUUGAUGCGGUCCGCCGCAGUCAUUGACGUCAUUGGCGUGGCGUAAUGCGCUGCAGCAAUCAUUCGUGCGGCAUCGCUGGCGCGACCCGUCGCGUGUGACGUCACAUGUCGCGCCAGUGAUCGGUAUGACGUCAUCGGUCCGGCGUGGCGGCGUCGGAGCCGGAUGCAGCGCGUGUGCUGCCGCGGUGCAGCCUCUCCUGGUCUGGCCUUACAUGGGGGCUACAGUUAGGCAGCGGCCAGUCGUUAUGUGCUGCUGGUGGACUGGGAGUUAUGUGCGGCUAGUGGGCUAGCGGCAGCGCCGGCCCGCCCGGGCGGCGUGAUGGAUCGGCCAGAGUCAGAAUCAGAGGAAGAAAGAAAGACUCGCUCGCCCCGUGCUCGCGCCAUAGAUGCGUGGCACGCUGGAAGCCAUGUCCGGCGCCCACAGCUGAGGUAAUCACGCCCGAUUGCUGCUGCGAGGUGCUGCGUGCUGCUGCUACUGCUGCUACUGCUGCUGCCGGACGCCGGCGGCGCCGAGGCCGU